AUCCAAAAUCAGAACCCAACCCAACUAGAAUCCUAAUCCCUAGUUUCAUUACAACUAAAAACAACCCUUAAUGACACUGCCACCACCACCGUAUCCCUUACACCAUCGACCUCUCAUAUCUGACCAAUCCUUUCCCCCCACUGUUUAAGAUGUUUCCACCUUUGACCCGAAAAGAACGCAAAUAUCUCGUGGGUUUUGUACCUAUCUUCGCUCGACUCAACAGAUAAUAGCAAAUCCUCUGGCCAACUGCUCCAACACGUCAAAUCCUAACUGAAAAGGUGAGACUUUCCACCCUUUUUCAUCAUCUCAUUUGUUGAAAAUGUUUUCCCAGAAUUUUCCCCCCAUUACUUGAUUCGAAAUUUGAACUUACAGUUUCUUGAAGAAGCUUUUAGAAACCCCUCAGUAUUUUGCUAUAAAUAUAGACCCUUGUGGGCUGUUUUGAAGAAGUUUUCAGAGGUUAAAAUCCCCGUUUGAACAAGCUCUUCAUUUUAGGGAAAAUCCCCUUUUCGUACUCACUAUUUCGCAAGCUUUCCAUUUGCAGAAAAGUCCCUCUUCAUCACUACUAUUGGACUCUCUUUUCAUUUUCUAUACUUCGGUCUUACUCUUCUCUCAACAAAAAAAACUACGACUAGUGGAUUCGACGACUCGACGCCUCCCCUCGCCUCAGUUCGCUGUCCGAAGAAGGUAUGCGUCCGAAGAAUCUAGUCAAAUGAGGAUCAGCCCAAGCAGUUGGUCGGGGUAGAAGCAAAGGCAAACCGAAGGUCGCAUCCCGACUUAGAGAUGUUCCCACUGAUGCCGAAGAGGAUUCGGUUGAAGUGCCUUUGGAGCGACCCACUCGGCAGCUUAGAAGCGCUCCGACUCAGGUUUCCUCCCAGUCUGAAGAGGGGGAAUCCUCUUCCUCCUCAUCCAGUGCUAGUGACCAGGGCACUGAACAAGAGGAAAGCCAAAAAUCUGGUAGCCCUGCGCAGUCACAGGCCAGCCCCUCAGAUGACUCUGAAACUCGGAGACGCUAGGAGAUUCGUAUGAAGGAAAGAUCUGAUAAUGCCCUCUGGCUUUUAGUUCCAGGGUCGUAAGAAUUGUUUGAAUAGGGUUUGGAGCGGGUGAAAGCAGGAGGAAAGCCAAGGUGAAGCAUAUGGGAAGAACACCGGAUAAAUUUUCAGGGGUUGGAGGUAUUUCCCAACAUCCUAGCAGUGCUACAUCAUUACAAAUGGGACUUCCUAAAUGAGCCUUUGGGGGAUUAUUGCCAGAUUCUUGUUCGUGAGUUUUACGCCGCUUAUGGGGCAACGAUGCUGAAUGCUUAGAACAAAACUUAGAGAAGGAACAAGCUAAAACGGUUGGAAGAAGUGGUGGUACGGCGAGUCAAAAUUGAUAUUACACCAGCGACCAUAAAUUCAAUCUAUUUGGGGCUGAUUAUAGGGCGCCGACGAAUCUAUAUGAGAUUGAUUACAAGAUUGCCGCGUGUCAAGAGGAUAAAAUGACUCAAAUGCCGUGGAUUGUAUUGUUCAUCUCAGCAAAGGCAGAACUACCGUGGCGCACCAACCUAAAAGCUCCAAUCUACAAAAGGGAACUAUCACUGGAAGCCAAGUUUUGGUGGACCAUAAUCCACACCCGGAUUCAUCCAACUCAGUUUGAUAAUACACUCACCCCGGACAGAGCAGUCCUUCUAGUGGCUAUAAUGUCCAAAUAUAACAUUGAUCUGGGUCUCCUAAUCGCUGAAGAAAUUCGGUUGCGGGUAUUGCAGCCCCAGACUUCCCUGAUUUUUCCAUGCCUCAUCACCCGGUUAUGCGAAAGGGCUGAUAUUCCUAAAUUGAAAACUCGAGACAAGUACACCAAGGCAGUUCAUGUAUCCGACAUCAUGAAAAGCAAAGAUGAAAUGCUUAAGGAGGAAAGACUUAAGGCUGCACAGUCCACCGCUAACCCUUUUGCCACUUCAGUGCCGGUCCAGCCUGGGUCGCAGGAUGAGCCCCUUCCUAACACCACCAUAGAUUUUGAAAAUGCGGCUAAUAUUGAGGUGCCACCCACCACCAGUGGAAGUGCCACCACUGCAGCACCAUCUACUUCUCAGCCAGAAACCUCUUCAGCCGGUCCCAUACCACCAACAGCUCAGCCAUCACCAGCAGCCCCACCGUCUGGGCGCGUGGUCACACUCAGUGUUGAGACAUUCAGAGAUUAUAUGGCUAAAACUGAUCGGGCAAAUGAAUAGGUUAACAAGGUAAUGUCUCGGUUGCACUCGUUUGUCGACAGGUCAAUCAAGCAUGCUUUGAAACCACUACAGGAAUCCAUUGAAAAGUCCCACCAAAAAAUUCACUCUAGGAUUGAUAGGCUCGAGAUCAGAUUUGCCUUUUGACUCGAGGGGAGUCCACCACUAAUGAAAAAAAUUCUAAGAGGAGUUAGAAAAGUUGAAGGCCGAUAUGUUGGCUUUGAAGGCGAGGGAUGCCAGUGCUGUGGGAAGCACCCUUUCUGCGCCUGUGGUCGGGUUAGAUUUGCCACUAGUAGUGGAUUUGUUGGUGGAUAUUCCAUCAUCACCAGAGGAUAAAGGAAAGAGGAAGAGGUCCGAUGACGAUAAGGUUGACGAUGAAGAAGAGGACAGAGUGUUCAAGAGAGUCCUCCGCGAGUCUCAGAGUGACACACACUUCACCGGGGCUUUAGCCAGUCAUGCACCCCCACCCUAGGGUUAUGUUUCAGAGCCACUCUCCGUCCCACUUGAUGCUUCCACCCAUGCUCCUGUAGCCGAUUCGUUGGGCCCGAGUCAUUCCAAGACCACCCAUUGGAGCCAUUGAUUCAGCGACUGCAGAGGUGGAGACACCUCGCGAUGGUCAUAGCGCUUAGUGCGUCCCAGGGAGCUCCUACCCUCUGCUUUUAUUUUCUUUUACUUAUGCAUUGGGGAUAAUGCAUACUUUUCAAUUGGGGGUGGGGUAGCUCGUUUUUCUUGUAUGUAUGUGUUACUGCAGUUUCUUUUGUGCAGUCAAGUUUAGUAAAGUCCAUGACUUAUAUGAUGAUGGUUUGAUUAGCUUGUGGCAUGUAUAUGUAUUGUUUUGAUUUGAAAAUGAAAAGGCACCCCUCUAAAAAAAUAGAAAUAGUUGUGUAUAAAUACUUGAAUGAUGAAUGAAUGGGAUGCAUGACUCAUUUGGCAACAUUGUGCGGAUUAGUAAUGAGUUGUGGCCUUGAGUACUUGGUUGAGAAAUGAAAACAAUGUGUCCGUGUAGUAACCCGUUGUCAUGUGUUGUGAGAUUUAUUUUUAUCAAGUCUUGUGCAUUAGUGUAGUCUAGAACUUUCCCGGAGAGUGUUUCAAGGCGAAAUCCUAAACUACGCUUGGUUUGAAAUAGGAUGUUAGGCUUUCUUUGUACCCUUUUCUGUGCCCAAAUUUUACCUACCCAUGUUUCUUAUCCCUAGACAACCCCGUUUGAGCCUAUAACCCUUUCUUUGGCACCCUUGUUGCAAGCAUCACCCUCUUUGAUCAUCACGGAAUCAAUUUUUCAAUUACUCUACCUCUUUAAGUGUAUAGGAAGUGCAACAUAGGUGAAAAAGCCUAAGUUGGGGGUGGUAAGAGCAGUGAUGUGA